GUUUAGCGACUACACGGCGCAGUGAGUUGUGGGUAAGACGUCAGUCCGCCGCCAUAUCUGUCUUUCUGUACCGGCUGAAGGAGAGAGUGAGGAGUCAUGAGAGGAAUACAGUCUCUGAACACUAUCUCCAAACGUUGCUACGCAGCUACCAGGAGGAGCGGUAGUCUGGCUGAACCCCUAUCAGGUCUGAAACCGUCCAAAGGCGCACCUCUUCCUCCCCAGGAUGCCCAGGUGUCCAAGCUCCCAAACGGCCUGGUGAUAGCUUCGCUGGAAAACUACUCCCCCGUGUCAAGUGUUGGUGUGUUUGUGAAAGCUGGGAGUCGCUAUGAGACUGUGGAGAACCAGGGUGUCUCCCAUGUGUUACGACUGGCAGCGAACCUGACUACAAAGGGAGCGUCUGCCUUCAAGAUCUGUCGCAGUGUGGAAGCAAUCGGGGGCAGCCUGAGUGCGACAUCGUCAAGAGAGACAAUGGUCUACACUGCCGACUGUUUGAGAGAUGACAUAGAUUCAUUAAUGGAGUUUCUGGUCAAUGUGACUACAGCUCAGGAGUUUCGGCCAUGGGAGGUAGACGAACUGACGCCCAGAGUGAAGGUUGACAAGGCUCUGGCUCAGCAGUGUCCUCAGAUAGGUGUAAUUGAGAAGUUGCAUGAAGCAGCAUACAAAAACACCCUUUCCAACUCUCUGUACUGCCCUGACUACAUGGUCGGCCAUGUUUCCUCUCAACAGCUUAAGUCAUUUGUUGAGGACCAUUUCACCACUGGCAGAAUGGCUCUAGUAGGACUAGGUGUAAACCACUCGGUCCUGAGGCAAGUGGGUGAGGGGCUGUUGAGUGCCCGCAGUGGGGUUGGGGCCCCUGUGGCUAAAUCAGUGUACCGUGGAGGUGAGCUGCGAGUGCAGAACAAGGAUGAGCUUGUCCACGCUCUGAUUGCCAGUGAAGGUGCUGUGACAGGUAGUGCCGAGGCUAAUGCUUUCAGUGUGCUGCAAAGGAUCCUGGGAGCUGGUCCACAUGUAAAGAGGGGCUCCAGCAUCACCAGCAAACUGAGCCAGGGGAUCGCCAAAGCUACCACACAGCCCUUUGAUGCCACUGCCUUCAACGUCUCGUACUCUGACUCCGGCCUGUUUGGGGUCUAUACCAUUGCACAAGCUGCCUCUGCAGGAGAGGUGAUCAAAGCCGCCAUUGCACAGGUGAGGGGUGUGGCAGAGGGAGGCGUGUCUGAGGCUGACAUCACCAGAGCAAAGAACCAGCUGAAAGCGGAGUACUUGAUGUCGAUGGAGAGCUCAGAGGGGCUGCUUGAGGAGAUUGGUGCUCAGGCUCUCACCGCUGGAGUGUACCAGGCCCCUGACGCUGUCCUCAAGGCUAUAGAUGCCAUCACCCAGAAUGAUGUGGUUAAGGCUGCAAAGAAAUUUGUGGAUGGCAAGAAGACCAUGUCAGCUAGUGGACACCUCAUUAAUACACCAUUUGUGGAUGAAGUAUGAAAAUGCACAUAAGAAUAAUAAGAACAGUUGAUUUUUCUUUCUGCUUGGGCAUGUUGUGCCUGGAUUUUGCCUCCUGCAGCAGUUCAUUGGAUGUCACCUGUCAUUUGUAGUUUGUCCUGCAGUAUGUGUGAGCACCAACAGAGAGAGCGGCAGAAUUGUAAUGUCUGUUGGGGGGGAGAGGGUGGAUUCAUCAGUGUAACUGUACAUCAGUGUAAAUUAAAACAAUUACAGUAAAACACUUGGGUUGUUG